AUGAGUUUGUAAACAUCAUAAAUCUUUGAUGAUUAGAAUGAACUAUCUACAAAGAUAUACAAGGACUUAGAAUCGAUUAUAGGAUGUGCUUAAGAAAUCGAUUGCUUAAUUGAAUAUUUACAAGGAUCACAACCAUAACUUGUUAAUAUAGGCUUAAAUAAAUUGUUUACUAAUUUUAACCAUUCAAACUUGAUGCAUCUAGAAAUUAAAUAACAAUCUGAAACCACAGUUACAACUCAACAAUCAGUUUAGGGAGCCAAAAGUGAAUCCAUUAAAAUUGUACUUGAAGUUUAAAAGUCAAUCAUCAACAGACAAAUCCAAUAAACAUUAAACUAUUACAUAGAUAAAAAUCUAGCCUAAUUUAAUAUACCCUAUUAGUUAAAUUAGAUUGAUUUAGAAUAAUGCAAUAUUUAUUCUAAUGAGUUGCUUUAAGACUUGUUUUCUUCAGAUGAACAAAUCCAAAACCAAUUUAUUUAAAGAAAGUGUAGUCUCAAAGAAUCAUCUCUUUUGAGAAGAUCUUUAAGCAUUAAUCAAAUCCCCACAAAAAAAUCAGUAAUUCUAGAAAAAAUUGAGUAAAUUUUACUGUUAUUUUAUUUAGCUAUAGAAAAUCAACUAUGAUCAAAAAACUCGAAUUAAGAUUUCCUAAAUUAGAAAGUGUAGAACCCAUAAUUCCAUAUAUACUCGCACUUUAUAUCAAUAUAGAGAGUGAAGGAUUAAUUGGGGAUUUUUAAUAGGCAAAAAAUAAAUUAAAAUCAAUCCAUCAUACAGUUUUGAAAUUAAGCUUUAGUAACUUUAUGCAAUUACUUUCAACUGAAUAUGUGAAAUUAUUUGUCAAAUUAGAUAUGUAAUAGAUAAUCAAAGGUAAUUUUAACACAUAAUUUUAAAUUUAAUCUAAUAAAAUUUUAACAUAAUAAAAAUGGGUUAAAUUAGAUAAAUCUAAGAUUUAAGAACUAUUACAAAGUUCUAAAUUUAAUUAAUAAUUUUAAAUUGAAAAUUAAAAGCUAUAAUAAUUAGAAGAAUUGAUAUAAUCAUUGAAUUAAAAAAUAAUCCUACUUUUUCAAUAAAUUCUUCCUCAUGAACAAGGAGGUUUUGACAAUAAUUAUUAAAUUGUAGACUAAUUAUUAUUAGAAAUAUAGUAGAGCAUUUCUGAAAUGAAUAAAUCAUCAUCAAUUAAUUAAGAGAUUACUAUUGCAAUUAAUAAAAUCUUCUAAUAAAUCAUAUAUAUAUUAAAUAAAUUCAAAGAGAGUUUUUAAUCUAAAUUUGGAAUUAACACAUUAAAUAAAUUGAAAUUAAUUCUACAAGAGAAUAAUAAAAAAUUAAUUAAAUAAAAAUUAGUUAAUGAAUAUCAAUACAAAUGUGUAUGUGAAUUAGAAAAUUAAUUAUUAAAUCUUUAAAAAAAAAAAUAAACUAUUUUAACUUCAUCUGAAUUGAUUUCUUUGAUUGUUGAAUCUAUUGAAAAAAACGUAGAAUUUGAAGGUAUUUUAAGUGAUUUAAAAUAUGGAAAUGAAACAUAAAGCAUUAUUAGUGAGGUUUCUCAAAUUUAAGAUUAUAUAUCAAAUGAUUAGGUUAAAUAGUUUCUUUAAAAUGUUAUUGAUUAUUUUUAGGAUAGGAUUAAAAAGAAGGAUAUUAAUUUCAACCUUAAUUAAUUAUAAUUAACUUAACAUGAUGAAUCAAUUUUAAAAUCCAUAAAUAAUUAAUAUUUAAUAAAAUAUAUAAAAGAGAACCAAAAAGUUUUUAAAACAAUUUCAAAAUAUUUAUUGGCUAAUGAUCCAUCUAUUAAUUUGACUCUUAGAUAAUAUACUUCUUUAUAGGAAUUAUCAAUUUUGGCUCUUAAAUUUUCUAAAGAUUCAAAUCUAAAUUAAUUUUUUAGACUUUUUAUUGAUUUUAAAAAUAAUCUAGAUUCACAAUAAAUUAGAUUAAAAUACUAAUUAAGUUCAAAUGAGUUGUCAGAAUGGAAAAACUUCGUAUAAUUAUUUGAAUGA